AUGGACCACCAGGACAGCUUGCUCCACUUCCCCUCCUACUCCCCGUCGUCGUACACGCCCCUGCCGCCCUUUCCCUGCCCAGCUCCCAGCACCACCAGCAGCGGUCAUGGGCACAGGGGCAACCCCGCCCUCGUCGAGGAACUGCGGCAGGCCGUGGCCCUCCAGACAGGCCACCCCGAACCCCCCAGCUCAUCUUCCUCCUCUACUCGCGAUCGGUUGGACUACUUUGGGUUCCCGGCCACCACCGCCACCAUCCACUUUGACGAGACUCGAUGCAGAUGGCUGACGGGCGGCACCGGCGCUGCUGAAAAGGACAAGCACCGGGUGUGGUACCCGCACGAGAACUACAUCCCUGUCAACCUGCACCUUCUCGCCAGCACUCUUCUCGAUGCCGUGAGCAAGAUCGAGGAGGAGACCGGGAGCCGGGGCCUGCGGCAGAGCUUCGAGGAACUAUGCGGGGUGUACCUCUACGUGGUGCAGGCCAAGCACGAAGCCCUCACCCGCGAACUGCAGCUCUACCAGACCCUCUUCAACCCGGCCUUGCGCCAGAGCGAUAAGCACGCAGCGGGGCAGGGCGGGGUUGAAGACGAGACGAAGCGGCAGCGCAUGAUCAACAGCUUCAUCCACAACUUUGUGCGCACCAUGCGCAAGGCCAACUUCAAUCCGCUCACCCAGGAGCAGAUCAAAUUCGCAGCCAACCCCGAACAGAUCUUGUUUGGAGUGCCGAUGCGCAUCGACUGGGACAAGCUGGAUUCAAGCUUGCUGGAGGCCUACUUCAACUCGGUCGACGAACCCGACAUUCCCCCGCCUCCGCCCUUUGCUCGCAACUGUUUGGUGUUCUGGCGCGGAGUGGGCGUACAGAGGCGGACCGGUCGCUUCGUGCUGGCCAAGCUCGACCUCCUCAUCCAACGCGGGCUCAACAUCUUCAAGGCCGCGCUCAGUCCCAUCCUCCCCUCGCCCAAGAUACGGAUCAGCGAUGGGCUGGCAUCGAUGGCGCAGGACUACAUGAAUACCGGGGCGGAGCCCGAGCAGCCCCACACCAGCAUCCACCUGCCUCGCUUCAUCGACCGCAAGACGCUCCUCACCACCGCCGCGUCGCUGUUCGAGGAGGUGACAGUAGAGGAGCCGACGUACAAGGAAGUGGUGCUUCUGUUCAAGAAAAAGAAGAACAGCAGCAGCGGCAGCAGCGGGGAGGACCAGGCCCACUGCAAGCCCGACGAGAACGCCAUCUUCAUCCAACGGUUCUACGAUAUUCCAAUGAAGAAUCUGCAGGUGGUGUUUCCGCUGCAGCAGGCCGGAUGGAACUGGGCCGACAUGGUGUCGUUCCUCAUGCUCCUCUCCUUCUCCGUCACUCUCGCCUUCAAGGCCUUCUUCACCCUCGCCCAUUCCACAUCGCCGUCGCCAUACUGCGUAGAUCGAGGUGAGAAGCAGAAACGUGAGGCUGAUGAGCUGAGCCGCGUCGGUAGAUAA